CGCAAACUUCCCGGCGGGCGCGGGCGGCGGCGGCGGCGGCGGGGCCCGGAUGGGCGCCCGGGCCGGCGGCGGCGGCGCCCAUGGACGCUAACCGCCCGGGCGCGUUCGUGCUGAGCAGCGCGCCGCUGGCAGCGCUGCACAACAUGGCCGAGAUGAAGACGUCGCUGUUCCCGUACGCGCUUCAGGGCCCGGCCGGCUUCAAGGCGCCCGCGCUGGGCAGCCUGAGCGCGCAGCUGCCGCUGGGCACCCCGCACGGCAUCAGCGACAUCCUGGGGCGGCCCGUGGGCACGGCGGGCGGCAGCCUCCUGGGCGGCCUGCCCCGUCUCAACGGGCUUGCCUCGUCGGCCGGCGUCUACUUCGGGCCCGCGGCCGCCGUGGCGCGCGGCUAUCCCAAGCCGCUGGCGGAGCUGCCCGGGCGCCCGCCCAUCUUCUGGCCCGGCGUGGUGCAGGGCUCGCCCUGGAGGGACCCGCGCCUGGCCGGCCCGGCCCAGGCCGGCGGGGUCCUGGACAAGGACGGCAAGAAGAAGCACUCGCGACCGACCUUCUCAGGGCAGCAGAUUUUCGCGCUGGAGAAGACUUUCGAGCAGACCAAGUACCUGGCGGGUCCGGAGCGCGCCCGCCUCGCCUACUCUCUGGGCAUGACCGAGAGCCAGGUCAAGGUGUGGUUCCAGAACCGCCGGACCAAGUGGCGCAAGCGGCACGCGGCGGAGAUGGCGUCGGCCAAGAAGAAGCAGGACUCGGACGCCGAGAAGCUGAAGGUGGGCGGCUCGGACGCGGAGGACGACGACGAGUACAACCGGCCCCUGGACCCCAACUCGGACGACGAGAAGAUCACGCGGCUGCUCAAGAAGCACAAACCCUCGAACUUGGCGCUGGUCAGCCCGUGCGGCGGCGGCGCGGGGGACGCCUCCUGAGGACGCGGCGGCGAGGCCGGACAACCAGGGUACGGGCCGCGGGCCGGCGCCCCGCCAGCCGCCCGCGCCGGAGUGUGUAUAUAUAUUUUUACAGCAGAAUAAGUUAUAAAGCGGCCCGGCUCGGGAUGGGCGAGAGAGUCCCCGGCCGCCCCCGCGUCCCUGUCCCGGGCUCUCGGCGUGGGCGCAGCCCCGGGUUCGCC